AGCCCUGUGGCGGCGACGACGAUGGCCCGGGAGCCAGUGGGCCCUGCGGGAGGAGAAGCCGUCGCAGCCUCGGCAGCAGGCGCCGCGGUGGGUAAUGAAAGAGGCUUUGAAAAUGUAGAACUGGGAGUCAGAGGCAAAAAGAAGAAAGUGCCAAGGAGAGUCAUCCACUUUGUCAGUGGUGAAACGAUGGAAGAGUACAGCACAGAUGAAGAUGAAGUCGAUGGCCUGGAGAAGAAAGAAGUUUUACCUACUAUUGAUCCGACAAAACUUACCUGGGGCCCCUACUUAUGGUUUUAUAUGCUUCGUGCUGCCACAUCAACCCUCUCAGUGUGUGACUUUCUUGGAAAGAAGAUUGCAUCUGUUUUGGGCAUCAGCACCCCAAAAUACCAGUAUGCCAUUGAUGAGUAUUACCGGAUGAAGAAGGAGGAAGAAGAAGAAGAAGAAGAAAACAGGAUGUCUGAAGAAGCAGAAAGACAAUACCAACAGAAUAAGCUGCAGGCUGACUCUGUGGUUCAGACAGAUCAACCAGAAACAGUGGUAUCCAGUUCACUUGUGAAUCUCAAUUUUGAAAUGGAGGGAGACUGUGAAGUAAUUACAGAAAGCAAACAAAACUCAGUCUCUCUCCCACCGUAGAAUUAAAUGACUAUCAAACGUCAAACGCUAAGGUUUUUAUACUGGGAACUUUUACAAUCUUUAUUCAGUGGGACUUAAUAUAUUUUAAAUUAUUGCCUGGAAAAGGGACAAAUGUUUCUUCAUUCUUAGGCUCUAUCUAGCAAAAGCCAGAUUUGAAAUUUGGAUAUCUGUACUAUAUGUUUACUGUGUCAUACUAGUG